AUGGCAAAUAUCGAUGGCCGUGUCGACCUCGGGGCUUUCGUGGGUCGAGAAGCCGGUUUCCUCAGCUUUGAGAGGCAGCGUGUCGCUGGCGAGGAGGAUCUUCUCUGUGCAGUUUGUCAGGAGGAAAUGGGAUUUGGGGCCAAGGCCGCCGCAGUUGUGGACACCCAUCGCCAUCGAGCGCUUUGCCAGCUCGCAGCGGAUCCAGAGAGUGGCGAGACGCUUCGUAGCCACAUCAUGCACACCUGGUGUGCCGAAGUGGCUGCCGGUAUGGAAGCAUGUCCUGCUUGUUUCGAUGAGGCCACAGGGAUUCAGCAGAAAACGCGCAUCGGACGUAUUGGCUUCGACAUCGGAGGGGUCAUCGUUCCGCACCGGGAAGACCGGGAUGACGCGGAGGAGGACGCCGUGGGUCUCACUCGGGAGGACUACCUGCAAGUGGAGGCUGCCCCAGGAGCUCUGGUGUCCCUCUCAGUCGUAGUGGGCAGCCUCGGAAGUGAGAACGUAUGCAUUAUCUCCAAAUGUGGGCCUGAAACAGAGGCGAGGACACGAGAGUGGAUGGAGCAUUCGGGCUUCUUUGAGCGGACGGGCAUUCAACAGAAGAAUGUGCACUUCUGUCGCGAUGUGAAGGAUAAGGCACCAAUAGUGGCAAAGUUGGAUUUGGAUGCCUUCGUCGACGAUCGCAUCGACGUUCUCCGACCGCCAUUUACCCAUACAGCAGCCAAUGUGAUAAGCCGCUAU